AUGAUGAACGACCUGACCCCCGAGCUGGGCAGGAGGAAACGAGCGGCUUUGGGAGCGUACAAGAGCAUCGAGGAUGUGGUGAGGAAGACCAGGAACACCCGGCUCCGUGCUCAUCUCUUCAACACCACCGUACUUCCUGCUUUGACUUAUGCUUCGGAAACCUGGGCAUUUCGCAAGCAGGAAGAAAACGCGGUGAGCGUCAUUGAACGCGCAAUUGAGAGAGUGAUGCUAGGAGUAUCCCGUUUCACGCAAGUGAGGGACAGGAUUCGAAGUUCUCUUCUACGUCAGCGAUCGAAGAUUAGAGACGCACCUUCGUUUGUCAAGGAAAGUAAAAUAAAGUGGGCCGGACACAUGACGCGCUUUAACGACAACCGUUGGACCAGAGCCGUAAACGACUGGAUUCCGCGUGAUAUUAAGCGCACUACAGGAAGACCGCCGACACGAUGGUCAGAUUUCUUCACGAAGUCCUUCAAAAAAAAUUAUGAUGCUCUUUGUGUCCCACGCGAAAGGAGGAACCACUGGGCUACUCUGGCACGCAAUCGGGACAAAUGGAAGAAUUACUGGCGCCCGCUCGACCAGUUAGAAGAUCAACGGACGUCAAGGUGA